CAAUCGAAUCUCAAGGCGCUCAGCCACCGACGGACACGGACGAGGCAGGUGAUGUCGUGGAGUGCCAGUUCAGGUGGCAGGAUGACACUGGCCAAGCUCCUCCUUUCCUUGGUCGCUCUCCAGCCUUUCUGUGAAGCUUCCAACCAGCCACCACGCUUUCAGAACUACUUUUUCCAGUCCUAUCUUCUCAUCUAUGAGAAUGCAGUUGUUGGUUCAUCAGUGGCCCAGCUGAGAGCGGAUGACCCUGAGGCCGAGCCCCUUAUAUAUGGGGUGGUGGGAGAUGAGGCCAUGAGGUACUUUGCUGUGAAUAAAGAAUCUGGGGUAGUCUGGCUUCGACAGUCUCUCGAUCGUGAGACCAAGUCAGAGAUGCAGGUGGAAUUCUCUGUGAGUGACAGCCAAGGGGUGGUCAAAGACACAGUGAACAUCCAGAUCGGAGACGUCAACGAUAAUGCUCCUACAUUCCAUGGGCAACCUUACACUGUCCACAUCGCAGAGGAUACACCCGUAGGUACGUCAGUAUUCAUGGUGAAUGCCACCGACCCAGACCAGGGCACAGGAGGCAGUGUUCUCUUCUCCUUCCAGCCACCUUCCCCCUUCUUUUCCAUUGAUGGGGCCCGGGGCACCGUCACUGUCGCCAAACAACUAGACUAUGAAACCACUGCAGCCUACCAGCUCACUGUCAACGCGACGGAUCAGGACAAGUGGAGACCUCUGUCCCGGUUGGCCAACUUGGCCAUCACCAUCACUGACAUUCAGGACAUGGACCCCAUCUUCACCAACUUACCCUACAGCACCAACAUAGAGGAGGAUGCACCGCCGGGCUAUGAGGUGCGGAAGAUAAGAGCCAUUGACCAGGAUCUUGGCCGACCGAGAGGCAUCGGCUACACCAUCAUCUCAGGAAACACCAACAGUGUCUUUGCCCUGGACUACAUCAGCGGGUCUCUGAUGGUGAAUGGCCAACUGGACAGAGAGAACCCGCUGUACUCGGCAGGAUUCACCCUCACUGUCAAGGGGACAGAGCUGAAUGAUGACCGUACUCCUUCAGAUGCCUCAGUGAUGACCACCUUCACUAUCCUGCUGAUUGACAAGAACGACAACGCCCCCAAGUUCAACAGUUCGGAAUACAGAGUCCGCAUCACAGAGCUGGCCCAAGUGGGCUUUGCCCUGCCUCUCUUUAUCCAGGCCGAAGACAAGGAUGAGGGCGUGAACAGCAUGUUUCAGGUGUUUCUGACAGGGAACAAUUCAGACCAUUUCACCAUAUCUCCCACAGCAGUGCAGGGGCGAGCUGACAUCAGGAUGAGGGUGGCUGUGCCGCUGGACUAUGAGACUAUACGUAGCUACAGUUUCUCUCUUUAUGCUAAUGAGUCCAUGUCAGACCAUGUGGGCUUUGCUCGUGUCUUCAUCGACUUGAUCAAUGAGAAUGAUAAUCGUCCCGUCUUCAGCAAACCUCUAUACAACAUCAGCCUCCCAGAGAACACUCCCAGGGGCACGUCACUGCUACGCAUCCUGGCUACAGACGGAGACAUAGGGACAUUUGGAACAGUACGCUACUACUUCAGCGAUGAGCCAGACCAGUUUACGCUGGACGCUGAAACAGGAUGGGUCCGUCUGCGGACCAGUCUGGACUACGAGCUGAUGCGUCGCUUCACACUCACAAUACUUGCAAAGGACGGCGGCGGGGAGGAGACGACGGGCCGGCUGCGGGUCAAUGUGGUAGAUGUAAACGACAAUACCCCACUCUUCCAGAAGGAGGCCUAUGUUGGCUCGCUGAGAGAAAACGAGCAGGCCGUACAGCACGUGGUCCGAGUGAGGGCUACUGAUGAGGAUUCUGCUCCGAAUAACUUCUUAACCUACACCAUCACUUCAGCAUCGGUCUUCCCCGACUACUUCAGCAUCAUCAUGGUGGAGGGAUACGCAGUGAUCAGUGUGAACAGCCCGCUGGACUAUGAGCAGGUUCCCGAGGGGAUGAUCCACUUGACAGUGAUGGUCAAAGAUGGAGGGAACCCGGCCCUCAACAGCACCGUCCCGGUCACCAUAGAGCUCUUUGAUGAAAAUGAUAAUCCACCUAAAUUCAGCAAGCAAUCCUACAUUGUCAAAAUCCCGGAGAACAUUAAUGCAGGAGCAACUGUCCUUUUUGUGAAUGCCACUGAUUUGGAUGCCUCGCGGGAGUUUGGGCAGGCCUCACUCAUCUACUCCCUGGAGGGCUCCUCUCAGUUCCGUCUCAACACACGCUCAGGGGAGAUCACCACCACAGCCUUACUGGACAGAGAGCUUAAAUUAGAAUACAUCCUGAUUGUCAGAGCUGUGGACGGAGGGGUGGGGCCCCUACAGAAGACUGGUAUAGCUACGGUGAAUAUUACCAUCCUGGAUAUUAAUGACAAUGCCCCCCUGUGGAGGGAUGAGCCAUACCAUGCCAACGUGGUGGAGAUGAGCCCAGUCGACACCGACGUAAUUUCCGUGCUAGCAGUUGACCCUGACAAUGGCAACAAUGGGACUGUGGUGUACAGCAUCAGCCCAGAAAACCCCUUCUACACCAUUAACAGCAGCACAGGGAAGAUCCGCACCAGUGGGGUAACCCUGGACAGAGAGAGUGCCAAUCCCAAGGACACACUCCUCAUGAGGACCAUCAUCAUCUCUGCUGUAGACCGAGGUAUACUGCCAUUGCGUGCCUCAGUGAGCGCCACAGUCUACGUCAACCUGCUGGAUCUCAAUGACAAUGACCCAACUUUCCUCAACCUGCCGUUUGUGGCGGAGGUGCCAGAGGGUCUGCCCAGUGGAUCCUCAGUCUUCAAGGUCCAGGUGGAGGACCCUGAUGAGGAGAAAAACGGCUUGGUGACCAUGGCCCUUCAGAUGGGCAUGCCCCGCCUAGACUUCUACCUCAACACCUCCACAGGCGUGGUCACGUCCACAGCAACCCUGGACCGUGAGCAAAUCGGCCAGUACCAUCUGAGGAUCAUUGCCUACGAUGCAGGAGAGUUCCCCCGCACCUCUACAUCAACCCUCACUAUCACAGUCCUGGACGUCAACGAUGAGACGCCUACCUUCUUCCCGCGCGUGUACAACGUGUCCCUGCAGGAGAGCGUCCCCAGGGACCAUGUUGUUGCACGCCUCAACUGUUCCGACAAUGAUGCUGGCCUUAACGCAGAGCUCAGCUACUUCAUCACAGGCGGUAAUCAGGAUGGUAAAUUCAGCGUGGGCUUCAGAGACGGAGUGGUCCGUACGGUGGUGGGUCUGGACAGAGAGACCCAGGCAGCAUACACUCUAGUCAUAGAAGCUAUCGACAACGGUCCUGCAGGCAGCAGAAGGACAGGCACCGCCACCGUGUUUGUAGAGGUACAGGACGUUAAUGACAACAGGCCCAUCUUCCUUCAGAACAGCUAUGAGACUAGCAUACUGGAGAGUGUGCCCAGAGGGACAAGCAUCUUGCAGGUGCAGGCCACGGAUGCAGACCAGGGAGAGAAUGGAAGGGUUCUAUACAGGAUCCUCUCAGGGAACAGCAAGAAUCUGUUCAGCAUUGAUGAGCAGACGGGGCAGGUGACACGGGGUCUCAGGGCUCUGGACAGAGAGACCAGCAGCUCCCACGUGCUGGAGGUGGAGGCCUACAACAGUGACCAAGGCAGCAUGAGGAGCUCAGUGCGGGUCAUUGUCUACGUUGAGGAUGCCAAUGACGAAGCACCGGCGUUUACCCAGCAGCAGUACAACAGGCUGGGCCUGAGGGAGACGGCUGGUAUCGGCACUUCUGUCAUUGUGGUGCGCGCCACCGACCCCGAUACUGGUGACGGUGGUGCCGUAGCUUAUGCACUGGAGUCUGGCUCAGACCGAAAGUUCGAGGUAGAUGUGAGUACGGGCCUGGUGACCACAGUGGACUACUUGGACUAUGAGACUAAGACGACCUACCUGAUGAACGUGUCGGCCACCGACCAGGCCCCUCCCUUCCACCAGGGCUUCUGCACCGUCUACGUCACCUUACUCAAUGAGCUGGACGAGGCCGUGGCCUUCUUCUCCGCCGGAUACGAGGCGUCGCUACGGGAGAACAUUGCCACGGGAACAGAGGUGGUGCAGGUUCAGGCCCAGUCAGCCGACAACCUGAACCAGCUGACUUACCGCUUCGACCCUGACACCUCGCCCGCCGCAUUAGCCCUCUUCAAGAUUGACAGCAUCACGGGCCGUAUCACAGUGACGGGCCUGCUGGACAGAGAAAAGGGGGAUCUCUACACCUUGACUGUUGUAGCUGAUGACGGCGGCCCUAAAAAGGACUCCACUGUGAAGGUGUCAAUCGCCAUACUGGAUGAGAAUGACAACAGCCCAGAGUUUGACAUCACGUCUGAUUCAUCUGUGGACAUCCUAGAAGACACUCCCAUAGGACAGAAGGUGGCCAUGGUGCUCGGGAGGGACAGAGAUGCUGGGAAGAACGGGCUGGUCAAUUUCACUCUGGUGGCAGGGAACAUGCAGGAUGUUUUUGAGGUCAAAACUGUGAACCACACCUAUGGGGAGGUCUACGUCAACUCUCCUCUAGACAGAGAGUCUGUGGACCGCUACCUGCUCAAGGUGCGGGCCAUAGACAACGGCUCCCCUCCCAGAUACACAGACCAUUCCCUCACCAUCAACAUCCUGGACGUCAAUGAUAACAUACCAGUCAUCGAGAGCCAGAGGGGCUACAACGUCAGUGUAAGCGAGAACGUUGGCGGAGGUACGUCUGUCCUGCGUGUGGUGGCUACAGACCGUGACAUCGGCCCCAAUGCCAUGCUGUUCUAUUACAUCACUGCCGGCAACCAGGACCUGACCUUCCGCAUGGACCGCAUGACGGGGGAGAUGGUGACGCGGCCGGCACCUCCGGACCGCGAGCGCCAGCAGGAGUACAGGCUUACCGUCACAGUGGAAGAUGAUGGCACACCACCACUAUCAACCUCAACCACCAUCUAUGUGCAUAUAGUGGACGAGAAUGACAAUGCCCCAGAGUUUCCUGAGGAAGAGUACGUCACAGUUUUGAGCGAGGGCCCGGACACAGUGGGUGCCACCAUCGCCACAGUGACAGCCAUUGACCCAGACGAGAGUCUUAAUGGCACCCUGCAAUAUGCUAUCGCCCACGGCAACCUGGCCCAGACCUUUCAUAUCAACCACAUCACUGGCAGGAUUACUGCUGUAAAGGAACUAGAUUUUGAGAUUAGCAACGGGCACUAUGCGCUGGUUGUCACAGCAACAGACCAGUGUCCCAUUCCUGCCCUUCGCCGGACAUCCAGCACAACAGUGCUGGUGAAUGUCUUAGAUGUGAAUGAUGUGACACCCACCUUCCCUAAAGAUUACGAGGGACCUUUUGAGGUGACUGAAGGCCAGCCAGGUCCUCGGGUCUGGACCCUCAAAGCCACCGAUGAGGACUCUGGACCCAAUGGCAAAGUGGAGUACAGCAUAACUGCCGGAGACCUUCAGAAUGAGUUUAUGGUGUCUCCUGUGGAGGGUGAGUUGCGUGUGAGACGAGAUGUGGAGUUGGACAGGGAGACCACUUCCUUUUACAACAUCACCAUCACAGCCCGAGAUCUCGGCAACCCACCACGCAGCAGCUCGGUGGUGGUGGGUGUACAUGUUCUAGACAUCAAUGACAAUGACCCAGUCCUGCUGAACUUGCCCUACAACACCAGUGUGAGUGAGGGCGCCACCAUACACACAUCUGUGGCCAGAAUCCGAGCUCAAGAUGCCGACAGUGGACGGAAUGCUCUGCUCACCUUCAACAUCACUGCGGGCAACCAAGACGGAGCCUUCUACAUUAAUGACACUACCGGUGUGGUACAGGUGAACAGACCUCUGGACAGGGAGCGGGUGGCCGAGUACAGACUCACUAUCACUGUCAAAGACAACCCUGAGAAUCCUCGCAUUGCUCGCCGGGACUCGGACUUCUUGGUGAUCACCAUUUUGGAUGAGAAUGACAAUAGGCCGAUAUUCAGCAGGAGCAGCUACAGGGCUGAGAUCACUGAGAACUCUGCUGCAGGCAGCACUGUAACGGUGCUGAAUGGUCCAGUGUUGGCUGAGGACAAGGAUGUUGGACCCAAUGCUGUGGUCAAAUACCGGCUACUGGGGAGCAGGCUGGACCUUUUCACUGUGGAUGCCGAUACUGGUGUGAUACAGGUGCGGCAGGGGGCACAGUUGGACCGCGAGGCAUUCGCGGAGCCCCGGGUGGAGCUGUUCCUGGUUGGCGAGGACAUAGGGGGUCUGAACAGCAGCGUUCCUCUAACGGUCACCAUCCUGGACCAGAACGACAACCCUCCAAUCUUCAACCCAUCCAGCUUCAGUAUACGACUUCCAGAGAACAGCCCCAGUGGUGUGGUAGUGACCCAGCUGUCGGCAUCUGAUGCUGACUCAGGCGCUAAUGGCUGGCUAAUGUACCGUCUGGAGAGUGGCGCUCAGGACCGCUUCGUGGUGGACUCUCUCUCUGGCGCCGUCCUGGUGGGCAACGCCACCCUCAACCGUGAAGAACGGAGCUCCUAUCGCCUCGUCAUCGUGGCGACAGACCGUGGCACACCUCCUCUCUCAGGCACGGCCACUUUGACGGUCAUCCUGGACGAUGUAAACGACUCCCGACCACGAUUUAUUGAGCCCGUAACCACGAUAAACGUCAACGAGUCCACGCCACCGGGUGAAGUGGUGGCUACACUGACCGCUGAGGACCCCGACCUGCGACCCCGGCUGGAGUAUUAUAUCAUCUCAGUAGAAGCAAAGGAUGAUGGGAACAAUCCCGUGGAUGGCCUGCAGGAGUCCUUUGGUAUCGACUUCCAUACGGGUGCUGUGUUUGUGCGCAACCCACUCAACAGAGAGUUAGUAGCGACAUUUGAGAUUAUCGUGUCAGUCCACGACAAUGCUAGUGAUGUUAUUGACCAGUCAGUCAGCGUUCCCAACGCAAGACUAACCAUCAACGUGUUGGACGUAAACGACAACGCUCCUCGUUUCCGACCUUUCGGCGUGGCCAACUUCACAGAGAAGAUCCUAGAAGGUGCUCAGCCAGGCACUACGCUGCUUUCAGUGUCAGCGGUAGACCCGGACAAAGGCCCUAAUGGCCAGGUUAUCUACCAGCUACUUCAUUUGCCUCGAGGGGGAUAUCUCAGGCUGGAGGAACCCUCAACUGGUAAGAUUGUGGCCAACCGCACAGUGGACUUUGAGCAGGUUCAGUGGUUGAAUUUCACGGUGCGUGCCCAGGACCACGGCAGCCCUCCCAGGAUAGCAGAGUUGCCUGUCUACCUGCGCAUAGUGGAUGUCAAUGACAACAACCCUGUCUUCACACAGCCCUCUUAUCAGAAGCCUGUGUUUGAAGACGUGGACCUGGGCACCAUCAUAGUUCGAGUCAGUGCCACAGACGCAGACUCCGGCCUCUUCUCUGUCAUUGAGUAUGGCCUGGUAGAUGGGGAAGGCAAAUUCGGCAUCACUCCCUCCACUGGAGAUAUCUACAUCCUCUCCCCUCUGGACAGAGAAACCAAGGACCACUACACACUCACAGCUAUCGCCCGGGACAAUCCCGGUGGCAGCCCCAACAACAGAAGAGAGAACUCAGUUCAGGUCCUGGUAACGGUUCUAGAUGUGAAUGAUUUCCGUCCACGUUUCUCUGAGAGAGUGUUCAGCACCAGUGUGUUUGAGAAUGAGCCCAGUGGGACAUCGGUUAUCACCCUUAGCGCCACUGACCUGGACGAGGGAGAAAACGGACUGCUGAUCUACAGCCUGCAGGGACCUGGGGCAGAUGCAUUCAGUCUGGACCCAGACACAGGACUGGUGCGUUCUCUGCGCCUGCUUCAGUCAUUUGAGCGUUUCAACCUGACGGUAGUGGCGACAGACCAGGGGCGUCCUCCUCUGUGGGGCACGGCCUCCCUACACAUCACUGUCAUAGAUGUCAACGACAACAGACCUGUGUUUGUCAGGCCCACCAAUGGGACCAUCAUGCAUAUCUUAGAGGAGCAGCCCCCAGGCCUGUUGGUGUACGAGGUGUUUGCCACAGAUGGAGAUGAGGGGGUGAAUGGAGAGGUGCGCUAUGCCUUCCUGCAGACUGGAGCAGGGAACAGAGACUGGGAAAACUUCCACAUUGAUGCCUUGACAGGAGUCAUCACCACAGCUGUCAAACUGGACCGGGAGAAACAGGCUCUGCACAGCCUUAUCAUUGUGGCCUAUGACUUGGGCCAACCAGUGCCUUAUGAGACCACACAGCCUCUGCAGGUGGCAUUGUUGGACAUUGAUGACAAUGAGCCUGUCUUCCUCAAACCCCCGCGUGGCAGUUUGCCAUACCAGGUGCUGUCAGUGGCUGAACACUCCAGUCCAGGAACUGUGGUGGGAAAUGUAACUGGAGCUGUGGAUGCAGAUGAAGGCGCAAACGCUGUGGUCUACUACUUCAUUGCAGGGGGGAACAAUGAUGGGAACUUUGGCCUGAGUCCAGUGGGGGUGCUGAAGGUAAAGAAGGAUCUAGACCGGGAGGACACCCCUGUUUACUCGAUCAUCGUCAAGGCCUCUAGCAACAGGAACUGGAUCCCUCCCAGAGGUCAGAGAGCAUCCCGAGCAAGAGCCCUGGACCCUGCCCAUGACCCCACCCUGCAAGAGGUCCGCAUCUACCUAGAAGACAUCAAUGACCAGUCUCCACACUUCACUAAGGAGGAGUACACAGCAGGAGUUGCAGCAGAUGCCAAGGUGGGCUCAGACCUCGUAAAGGUGGAGGCUAUAGAUAAUGAUAUAGGUAAUAACAGCAUAGUCCACUACCACAUCCUCUCCAUCCGCUACAUCAAGCUCCAGUCCAAUGACAGUGAGGACAUGGGCAAUAUCUUCAUCAUAGGUGAGACAGACGGGAUCAUCCGCACCUAUGACCUUUUCACGGCCUACGACCCAGGCUACUUUCAGCUGGAGGUGUUGGUGAGGGAUGAGGCUGGCCACAGCGAUGUGGCCAUGGUGGGCAUCUACAUCCUCCGGGACGAUCAGAGGGUCAAAAUAGUUAUCAAUGAAAUCCCUGAGAAGGUUCGCCUCUUCCAGGACGAAUUCAUCAACCUGCUGUCCAAUAUCACUGGAGCCAUCGUCAACACAGAUGACUUACAGUUCCAUGUUGACAAGAAGGGCAGGGUGAAUUUUGCUCAGACAGAUGUGUUAAUCCAUGUGGUUAACAAACAGACCAAUCGCAUCCUGGACGUUGAAAGAGUAAUCCAGAUGAUUGAUGAAAACAAGGAGCAGCUAAGAAACCUGUUCAGGAAUUAUAACAUCAUGGAUGUCCAGCCAGCCGUCAGCGGGAAAGUUCCAGAUGACCUCUCCACACUACAGCUGGUCAUCAUUAUCCUGGCUGUGCUGCUGUGCUUGGCUGGCAUUUUGUUUGCCACGAUGAACUGGCACUAUCGCAGAGUACACAAGAGGAAGCUGAAAGCAAUUGUGGCAGGAUCUACAGGGAAUCAGGGUCUCAUGGAUAUCCUGGACAUGCCCAACACUAACAAGUACUCUUUUGAGGGGGCAAACCCAGUGUGGCUGGAUCCAUUCUGUCGAAACCUGGAGCUCGCUACGCAAGCCGACCAUGAAGACGAUCUGCCGGAGAACCUGAGUGAGAUCACUGACCUGUGGAACAGUCCCGCACGUACCCAUGGAACAUUUGGCCGGGAGCCCCAAGCUAAGCCUGAGGAUGACCGCUACUUGAGAGCAGCCAUUCAGGAGUAUGACAACAUUGCCAAGCUGGGUCAGAUUAUGAGGGAGGGGCCCAUCAAGGGCUCUCUGCUCAAGGUGGUCCUGGAUGACUACCUGAGGUUGAAAAAGCUCUUUGCAGCCAGACUGGUCACCAAAUCCACCAGCCAGGGAGACCACUCAUCAAUCACUGAGCUAAUCCAGAGUGACCUGGAUGAUGAUGAAGAGGAGCGCCUGGGAAUGGGCGGGGGCAGGGGAACACUGCGCUUUAAACACAAGCUCCCCAUGGAGCUAAGGGGUCCUGAGGGUGUGCAUGUGGUCCACGGCAGCACAGGCACACUCUUAACCUCUGACCUCAACAGCCUGCCGGAGGAUGACCAACGUGCCCUAGCACGUUCUCUAGAGGCGCUGAAUGCAGAUGGUGGGCUGUAUUCAGAGCGCAAUGCCCGCACGGAGUCGGCCAAGUCCACCCCUCUGCACCGCAACAAGGAUGGGGACACGCUCUCGGAGAGUCCCCUGGAAAUUACAGAGUUAUGACUAGCCGAGGCCUCGCUGG